AUGAUAACCUCAUAUGUAUUCUCGAGAAUUAUAAUAAAAGGAAAUACAAGUAAAAUUGUAAAUUCUUUUUUAUUUUCAAAUAAAUGUAAUAAUAAUAAUAAUAAUAGUUUUUUGAAUAAUGAAAAUAAAAGUAAUAGUUUUAUUGGAAAAUUUCUUUAUCAGACGAAAUCAUUUUACACAACAAAUAAAGACGAUAAUGAAAAAGUAAAAAGUAAAAUAAAGAAAUCAAAAAAAUUAAAUAACAUAAAUGGUACUAGUAUAAAAGAUGAAGAAAAAAAGAAAUUAAAAGGUGCUAAAAUAAAAAAUCAAUUUGAAUCUCAAUUUACUGAUCCAACCAUUUUCAAUGAAUGUAGUAAUAAUAAUAAUAAUGAUGAUGACAAUGAUGAAGCAGGAUAUCAAUUUAUUACAGUUCCAACUAAAUUUAAAGAGUAUAAUAGCAAUGAAGAAGAAAAUGGUGGAAUAAAAGAAGAUGAAGGAAAAGAAGAAGAAGAUGAUGAAAAAGAAGUUACUGAUAUUAAAGAUUUAAAGAAACCUAUUCCACCAACAAAUUUAUGUUGUGGUAGUGGUUGUGGUUCAUCUUGUGUUUGGGAAGUUUAUUUCAAUGAAAUGGAUGAAUAUAAUAAAAAAUUAAAAAAAAUAGAUCCAAAUGCAAAAGAGUUACCACCCGAUACUUCUGAUGAUAAUGAAGAUCCUAUGCAAUAUUUCUUAAAGAUGGAAAGAUAUAAUUCAAUGCUACAAAAUAAGAGAGAAGAAAAACAAGAAAAAGAAAGAGAAAAAGAAAGAGAAAAAGAAAGAGGAAAAAAUAAUUAA